AUGGAUCAGAUAAUGGGCGAUGGUGGGGCCUUUCCCCUGGAAACCUGGUUCUGGGAAAUGCCCAUUUGCACUCGGUGGUGGACAACUGCCACCGUCCUGACGAGCGGGCUCGUCCAGUGCAAGCUGAUCACUCCUUUCCAGCUGUUUUAUAGCUAUCGCACAGUUUUCCAAAAGUCGCAGUACUGGCGCUUAAUAACUACCUUUCUCUACUUCGGCCCCUUCUCAAUCGACCUGCUCUUCCACAUAUACUUUUUGCAGCGCUACUCGCGCCUGCUUGAAGAGUCAUCAGGCCGGUCGCCAGCACACUUCUCGUGGCUGCUGCUCUUCUCCAUGGCCAGCCUGCUGCUUCUGUCGCCUUUCGUCCAAAUGCCCUUCCUCGGCCACCCGCUAUCAUCGACGCUCGUUUACAUCUGGUCGCGCCGCAACCCAGAUACUCUUAUGAGCUUCCUCGGGCUGCUCACCUUCCGUGCGCCAUACUUGCCUUGGGUGCUGAUGGGCAUCAGUUUUGUUAUUCACGGCACCGUGCCUAAGGACGAGCUGAUGGGCGUGCUCAUCGGUCAUAUCUGGUACUUCUUCAAUGACGUGUACCCGCCGCUGCACGGCGGGUCGAGGCCACUGGACCCUCCUAGAUGGUGGUGCCGGUUGUUUGAACGGAGACAGAGACAUGAAGAGACAGCAAAUGACGUCGACAAUGAUAUUGCCGUUGCCAGAGCCGAUGUGCGGCCACCAGACGUGAGGUGA